AUGUCUCGACUACUCGCGACGGCCAGCAGGCGAGGCAAAUGUGAAUCUCCUCCGGAAGAGGUUCAACGGGGAGGAUUCCCCGCAAAGGCGCGUCAAUCCGAACCUGUAAUGUACGACGAGUCCAUGGACAAUGCCAGCAGCUUCGCAGCAACUUCCUUCAGCACCACCACCACCUCCACCGCCAUGAGACGAGGCGCAGCCAGCGGCUCAGCUGCCAAGACAGGCACGAGCGCAAACACCGGCACCACUCUGAACACCACCAGCACCACUACCACUACCACUUCUGCUUCCACCUCGAUGAUUAAUACCAAUGCCAUAGAUGGUACCGCGAGUCGCGCAGGUGCGGCCUUUGUUUCCGAAGCUGGCGUUUCCUCUGACGACGUCCCACGUGGAGCAACAGGAGUCGUUGGUUUUGACCCAGGAACGGGUUCAGGCUCGGGCGUUCCAGCAGGGUUAGGCGAAGGCUCGGGGUUAGGAACGCCUGGGAGACGAACCCCUGUGAAAGCAGCAGCGGGGGGUGAAGGCCUAACGGGGAGCUACGGUGACGAUUCCGCACAGAUCGCUGCAGCAACAGCAGCAGCCGUGGCAGCUGCUGCUGAGUCGGGGUUGGGUAGAGUGGGGCGAAGGCCUCCCCGCGUGCCGUCGACACUAGGCGUGGACGAGGAAUUCGAAGGGCCUGACACGUCGUCCCUCGCCGCGUUUCUGCUGUCGCUGAUAAGUAUCAAUCCGCGCGGGAACAAGGCGAGCUCUGACACGUGUUCGGAAUCAGGUGGGUCCUACGCGGACUCGGAUUUUGAAGAGGAGGAGUAUGAAGAGGUUGGGGAGGAGGAUAGUGCGGUGGUGGACGCGUCGCCUUUGAUGAGCCCCAGGCUGCCAGAUAUGAUGGAGGAGUCGUUCCUGCUGUCCGACACGUGUCGCUCCGUGAUUUGCCAGAGCUUGCCCGCGAUUGCCAGUGGGCGCGAGUGGGUUCUCCUGUACAGCACAUUCAAGCACGGCAUCUCUCUAUCGACCCUUUACCGCCGCAGCUCCAUGAUGCCAGGCCCCUGCCUGCUGGUGGUGACUGAGGAUAACGGCACCGUUUUUGGCGGUUUCUCAUCGCAAGCGCUUGUAGCCUCCAAUCGCAGAAAGUACCAGGGAUCCAGCGACGUCUUUGUGUUCACCACCAUUACAGGGGAACCCACGGUCUACAAGGUUACAGGGGCAAACCGCUACUUCAUCCUGUGUCUGAACGAAGCUCUCUCCUUUGGAGGCGGAGGCCACUUCGCCCUGUGCCUGCAGGAGGACCUUCUGACAGGCUCCAGCGGUGCGUGUGAGACAUUCUGCAGUCCAUGCCUCUCUAAGUCUGAGGACUUUAAGAUAAAGCACGUGGAGUUGUGGGGAUUUGCUCACCAAUCUCGAUAUGCGCCAACCAAGGCCAACUGGCAUGAACCAUCGCAACCACACGGUUUUCAUGCCAACUGUCAGAUUGGACUGGCAGCAGCAGUGAGUGGAGGAGGAGGACGGAGGUCAUUUGGCCGUGGUUGCGGCAGUCGUGCUCAUGCUGCCACGAGAGGCUCUUCUGGAGAGCAUCUUCUGUUCAGGAAAUGUGUCCAGCUGAAUCAAGAGAGGGCCGCUAUGGCUGCUGCCUGUGCCGAUCAUGGGAAGAGACAGGUGCCUGUCGUUAUGGAGGGAAGUGCCAGUUUGCACAUGGAAGGGACGAGCUUCGAGCUGUUGCACGCCAUCCCAAGUACAAGACUGAGGUCUGUAGAACUUUUAAUCUGA